CAAGUGGGGACAUGUUGCAAUCAUUGUUAGGCUACCUGAUGAAUCUUCCAUGUCUUUGUCCGGAUAUAUAAGACGCCAGACGACAUGUGAAGAAUGACAAGACAGACUCCAUUGCACAGCCAUCUGUCUGCUCUAACAUCCAUCCAACACUCUCGUGACACAAGUUCUCCUCGUAUUAUCAUGCCCUCUAAGACCCAGAAGUCGCUUGAGGCUCUCAUGGCCUACAUCAAGCAGUCGAAAAGCCGCCGCACUACGAUUUUGCGUGGGCAAGGUGAGCCUGGUCACCGGGCUGCCCCAGCGCGCGGGGGAAACCAUGAUGCGAGAAUCGGAAGCCGCAUUGAUACUGGAGAAAUCGUCAAGAAAGCUGGCAAGGAGUAUCGACGGUACAAAUUCCAGCUCAAUUCGAACGCGGAAGAUUCCACGCUCAAGAAAAAGGCUGCUCAAGAUUCCCACAAAGUUUAUUCGACUGCAGAUGUGGAGAUUAAAGAGGCUAGGACCCCGGAGGAAGAAGAGCAGGCGAUGCGGGAUUUUGAAGAGGAAAUGUCAAAGAACUUAAGGGAAUAGGCACGGUCAUGUCAUAUAGCUCACACUUAGCCCACUGUACAUUUCAAUCUCCAUUAUUUCAUGGUCUUGUCUGAGGUGCGAAGGGGCGCCUUAAGGAUUCGAACUCAAGUUCUUGGUAGCACAGCGACCGAAACGGCGACCAAGACUUCCCAGCUCUGCGGGGGCGGAAAGACCUCCUU